UCGAACGGACACGAUCUUUGGUGUGACGUCAGGGCCGUCUGUCCGAACCAACAUGGCGAACAUUCGGUGUGUCAAGGGUAUGGUCGGCCUGGUGACGGGCGGUGCGUCUGGUUUGGGUCGGGCCACUGUGGAGCGUCUGGUGCAGAACGGGGCAUCUGCUGUGAUCCUGGACCUGCCCUCCUCCGAAGGACAGGCUUUGGCAGCCAGUCUGGGAGAACGCUGUGCCUUCGCUCCUGCAGACGUGACGUCGGAGGCCGACGUGCAGUCGGCUGUGUCCCUGGCCAGAGAGAAGUUUGGGAAGCUGGACCUGGCGGUUAACUGUGCCGGCAUCGCUGUGGCUGUCAAAACCUACAACUUUAAAAAGGAGCUUCCUCACAGCCUGGAGGACUUCCAGCGUGUUAUCAAUGUGAAUAUUGCAGGAACCUUUAAUGUGAUUCGCCUUGCUGUGGGUGAGAUGGGGAAGAACGAGCCUGACGCAGAUGGACACAGAGGCUGCAUCAUUAACACGGCCAGUGUGGCAGCCUUUGACGGACAGGUCGGCCAAGCAGCUUAUUCAGCUUCUAAAGGCGGCAUCGUCGGAAUGACCCUCCCCAUCGCACGAGACCUGGCACCCAUUGGCAUCAGAGUCAUCACCAUCGCACCUGGUCUCUUCUCCACUCCUCUCCUGGCUGGUCUUCCAGAAAAGGUGCGCUCCUUUCUUGCCCGCCAGGUGCCCUUCCCCUCACGCCUGGGAGACCCCGCUGAGUUUGCCCACCUGGUGACAUCACUGGCUGAGAACCCCAUGAUUAAUGGAGAGGUCAUUAGACUGGACGGAGCCAUUCGCAUGCAGCCCUGAGACAGACUGUGUGUGUGUGUCUGUGUGACCACGUUAACAAAGGGCACUGAUCUUCAGCUGCCUCCAACAAAGAGAAAAUUUGUGUGUGUCUGAAUGUGCGUGUGUGUGUGUGUGUCUGCCUGGUGUAAUUAUGUUGUAGACAGCUGCAGACAGUAACUAUAAACUGUUGGGGAUCACAAACACCAUUUAGUGUGUGAGACCGUGACAAUGUGUGAAAAUGAGACUGCACAUCAUUCAGAGCAGUGCAGUACUUUAUUAACUCCACUUCGGUUGUUUUGUAAACUGAUCCAGAUUAUAAUAAAACCUCCGACCGGUUUGAUUAUCUGCUCCAA